GAGAGGGGCCAGAGAGAAAAAGAGAGAGAGAGUUUAAGGGUAGGAGGAGACUGCUCUGGAGAGGACUAGAGCCCGUCUGAGUGGAAUUCCUAAACAGCUGUCCGGUAUAAGUCCCCAGAACAGAGCUACCAGACAGACACGCACACACGCGCACACACACACACACACUUACACACAGAAACGUGUACAGAAGGCAAAUCAGUGUCAGACAGGCAAAAAAGGAAAACACUACAUCUCACAGUCACCAUCUCCACAUACUCUAGGACUGCCAAGCUCACAGUUCUACAACUUCUACUGCCUGGAGCCCGGAGAUCAGCUCUGCUGCACUACAAGAAAAGGAACCCCCUGUUGAUCCCCUACAAUCACACUGAGGCAAUCAUUGGAAAACACAAAGCUUUCCUAUCAUUGAGAAUGUGACUCUAGCAUCUUUGACGAUCUUCCGAGUGGCAAAACCUUCCAACUCUUUGUUUUGGAAUACCCUCUGCUAUUUCUCAAGCGUCACUGAGUUGAGUUCAAUAGCAAGAACAAUGCCAGCCAAAGCACCCAUCUACCUGAAACCCAUCAACAGCAAGAAAGGCAGGAAAUGUCGCCUGAGGGACAUCCUCUCCCCAGACAUGAUCAGUCCUCCACUGGGGGACUUCCGCCACACCAUCCACAUCGGCCGGGGCGGGGAGAGGGAUGCCUUUGGGGACAUGUCCUUCCUUCAGGGGAAGUUUGAGCUUCUCCGUGGAAAAGGCGAGAUGGCCCGUCCACAGUACAGCCCCCAUUGUGAAUUCCUGCGAGCCAACAGUGCGUCCGACGCCUCGUUCGCAGAGACGCCCUCGCCUGUUCUGAAGAACGCCAUCUCCCUCCCGUCCAUCGGGGGCUGCCAGGCUCUCACCCUGCCCCUCCUAUCCACCACCAUGUUCUCCCUUCCUGCUGAGCCCCUGGAGGGCAUGAUAGGGCCUACAACUCCCAUGAGGGCCACAGACAGCCCUGGUGAGCUGGAGAUCCUGCAGAUGGACGCCCUGCUGCGCUCAAUGGAGGUCUUCAGCAGUGACCACGCCCCCAAAACAACCGGCAACCAAUUGAGACCUGAUGUCCUGCUUGAUCUACUGGAGAAACCCGAGAAGCCAUCAAUGAAAAAAACUCAAAAAAGCAAUACAAUUUACAAUGUGGAAAACGAGAUUAACAAGCCACCCUCCCGUUACAUACACGACAAAAGCAGUGGAAUGUGCAAAGACAACAACAGCUUCAAUGAUUACAGCAGAGGCAAUGGUGUCUACAAUGGGAAUGGGAACUUUAGUGAAAACACCAACAUCCAAAACAUCCGCAAUGGAAACGUUAUUGGUAAAGAUAGCCUCAAAAUGACCUAUAAUGGCAAUGGAGACUUCAAUGGUACAGGGCAAAACAAUGACAUUUCAAAUGGCAAUGUCGGGUUCAACGGGAAUGGCAACUGCAAUGGCUAUGGGAGCUUCAACAGUGACAUUACUCUGUGCUGUGAGAAGGAUGUGCCUGACUGCAACGGAGACUGGGUGGACAGGGACAGUGGGGUGGAAGAGGGCCGCAUCUGCGACUUGGAUUUUGAGUUCCUCAAGGAGAAGAGUGCGUCACAGGAGUCCCUCUCCCAGAUCACAGGGUCAAUGCUGUCUCUCGAACUGGAUCUGGGGCCGUCCAUCCUGGACGAUGUGCUCAACAUCAUGGACAAUCCCAAGGCCAAGAGCAGGCCAUGAUCAGUGUUGUGUACAGACGCGAAGGGGAAAGGGAUAUAUAUGAACUUACUGAAAGAAUGGACAUGUUGCCUGCAUAUCUUUGGGAUGAAAAUGAGCUAAAUAGGCAGAGUUCCUUAUGUUGAUACUUUGAACGCAAGAAACAAUUCUUGCUUCUAUGGAGUGUUGAUGCUUUACCUUGUUUUUCCUUUGUGUUGGCAGGCAUGAGCGAUGCAUGUGCUUUUGAGUCAGUGCUAAAACACACCCAUUGUGCCUUUGAUUUCGCAAUUAAAUUAAGAUUAAAGGCUAGUAUUAUGUUCUUAACUUGACCUGAAAAGGGUACUUUUAAGAGUGUGUUCUGUGGUUGCUCUUGCUUUGAUACACAACCAGUUUUCCCUGUAAUGUUAAUACAUUUUGUGUGACUUGUAAUGUGUUUAGCAAAAGCACGGUUUUGUUCCUCACAUUAUUAUAUUGUCACAUACUAUUUUAAACCGAUAAAAAGUCCUAUGCAUAUAUUUGUGUUUUGUGGCACGAAUAAAUACAUUUGUCUUA